UUUUUAUUUAAAUUUAUUUUAAAAAAUAAUUAAUUGUUUAUCUUCACCUCCUAACAUUCCUUGUAUCUUUCUUUUUCAUCAACUUUUCUCUGUUCUUAUUAUUCUCUCCAAAUCCACUCAUCCUUUACACUCAGUUCAAUUUCUACUCAAAGGAAAUGGUAGGAUGCCAGAUUUAUAUAAAGGAAAAAGCAGAUUGGCUGAGUAAACUUUUGCAGAGCAAAUUCUUUAGUUCUUGUGAUGAUCAUCAAGAACUGAGAAAGAAUGAGAAGAAUGUAUUCUGCAUAGACUGUAAUCUUGAAUUUUGCAGGCAUUGUGUGAAGAAGGCUCAUUGCCUUCACCGCCAACUUCAGAUCUGCAAGUAUGUGUACCAUGAUGUUGUCAGGCUUCAAGACAUUCAGAAACAUCUAGAUUGCUCUAAAAUUCAGACAUACAAGAUUAAUGGCGAAAAGGCAGUGCAUUUGAAUCCCAGACCUCAAUCCAAAGAUUCAAAACCAUCAACCAAAGCAAAAUUUGGUGCUUCUUGUGAAGCUUGUGGGAGAUAUCUUCAAGAUUUGCCUAAUCGAUUUUGCUCUAUUGCAUGCAAGGUGUCAGCUGGAUCAGUGAAGAAAGAGCAAAAGCAUAAAAUGAUAACAUUCUCAAUUGGGCUUUCAUGGAAGGAAAACUACAAUGGAGAAAGAAAUUCAAGUGAAGAAGAGAAUGAAUAUUUAACUGAUAUGUCUGAGGAAACUCAAGGAUGGCUGAGUUCAGCAUUGAAGCCAAGGAGACAAUUGCACAAAAGGAAAGGAAUCCCUCGUAGGUCUCCUCUCUGUUAAUUCCAAACAAAAUCUUUUUUUUUUUUUUUUCCCUCCCCUCUUUCACCAAUCAUAUUUUAUCAAUAUACAAUUUUGGCUCAAAUGAAGGUACCCAAUUAAUUAAUUA